AUGAGUUAAGAUUUUUCCUAAGCUGUUGCUAUGUAUAUCUAAUCUAAUAUAGUUAUGAAUAAUUAGUCAAGUAUUAUCCAGAAAUUGAUGAUUACAAAAUCUAUUUAGCUCAAUCUUAUUACAAAGAUAGUAAUCCUAUAUGGUGUUUUCAAAUAUAGGUUUAUAUGAUGAAACACUAAAGAUUUGUGCUUCUGUUGAAAAUUCUUAAUAUUAAGGCAAAAUCUUAUAGCUUUAAGCAUUAAUUAGAUAUGAAAAGAAUGAAUUUUAACAUGCGAAAACAUAACUCAAAUAAAAUGAUAUGGAUGAUCCUGAUUCAAUAAUCACCUGA